AUGAUGCCACCGACCAUAGUCUCCCCCAUCCAAGCCGCAAGUCUGGUUAUUUCUGACGCCGAGAUGCCGCCGCGUAUCAUGUAUCCUUCUGAUUCCCUCGCUGCCGCCCCACAAGCCCUUGUCAACGACACCGUAUCGGUAGGUCCCUUUGGCGGCCCCUGGCACCUAGAGAAAAAGAUCACAGACCCAAGCCUGAUCGAGCAGCAUUUGUCUUCCUCAGAGGACCACUCCAUGUCUGUCUCUGAACCUGUACUCGUCCAAGUCACCACCGAGGAGAUCUUAAACCCAGACCCGAUCGUGCAUGCUUCGCCCUCCUACUCAGAGAACCGUUCCUUGACCGUCUUGUCCACCGGACCCGCGCUCGCGCAGACUACCACCGAGGAGAUCUCAGACUCAAGCUCGAUGGAGUACACCUCAUCUUCCUCAGAGAGUCGCUACUUAUCCUUCCCCCUACCUUCGCUCUCUCAAAGGGCCACCACGGAGGAAGAGGCGAUGGAGGAGUUCGAUUUUGAAUACACCUCGUCCUCUGGCCACGUCUUAUCCACCCCUGCCCCCGCCACCUUCAUGGAGAAAGAGGAGGAUGGGGAAGAUGAGUUCAUUGGUGCUGAGGAUCAUCCUGUACCCCAAGUGGCGUUGCCAGAGUACGACCCAAACGACCCUCUUUGGAUGUACAUCGACACCUGGCUGAACCAACUUCCGAACACUCGAAUCCCGGAUCCCUUCGUCCACGUCCCUGCCCAGUACCAUCAUAGUCUCGAGACUUUACUCAACUCUGUUCUCCCCCCGUCGUUGCCGUCGCACCAAGUCCAAGAUGGUGGCAUGAAUUCGACCUCGAACAAUAGUCCUACGCCUUUAGGAGUGCAUCCGAAAGCUCAAGGUCCCUCCGCCGUGCUCAGUCCAUCGACACCGACACCAAUGACUGUGGAUGACGACGGCUCGUUGAUGCUGUCAACCCCGCCGGGGUCAUGGAACAGUGUGUGGACGAUAGGCGAGGACGAUGACCCAGAUGCUCCCUACCAACAAGACUCGAUGCCAUGUAAUCAGUAUAUGGCGGCGAGGGUGUUGGGUCAGUUUGAGGUUGAUUAUGAUGAGCAUUGUGCGGACGACAUUCAACACCUUGACGAUUUCCAGAGUGAGGAGGAAUGA